AUGGACGCCCCCAGCUUCAGCAACACCUCGUCUGCCUCAUCGGCUCAGCAGUCCCCCACAGUCCAGAUGGUUCCCCAACCCGUGCCCGCCCAGUCCAAGACCUCGUCCACCGACGUCUUUCUCAAGGAGUUCAACCUCGUUGCCGAGGCUGCCAAGCGCGCCCAAAUGGCCGUCAUGCAAACACUGCCACCACCACCAAUCAUUCAAUGCGAUCCAGACAUCCAGGGAAUCAACUAA